ACGUAUUAAAAGCAAAAUCACCUAAUAGUUUUAAAAGAACACAACAUAUUUUUUGUCGAGCAGAUCAACGCCAGAACUCUACAAAAUUAGGGUUACUUUUAAGUAUUUUUUAAUAAGGUUGCUUUAGAAAAAUGGCCAACUGUGGAUUUGAAGGCAUCUUUCCACCAUGCAGUUUAGUAGUGAUUGCUUGUGUACUUCUAAUCAUUGGACGAGUCGGAGCUAAUACUACGGGUGACGCGUGCGAGGUUUGCGACUGUGACAGUCAGCCAUUCGCAGUUAACUGCAACAGCAAAGGAUUGACCGAGCUACCGAUCGGCAUACCAAAUGAUACAGCAAAAUUAGACCUUGGUGGGAACUUCUUGCGAGAGAUUCCGGAGGAUUGGUUGUUACAGUUCCCUCGCCUCAUUGCCCUGGAUGUAUCACGCAAUUCAAUUUCGGGGCCUUUUCGUGUACCACCAUUUCUUAAAGUCCUAUCUGCUGGGUACAACCAGUUGCAAGAUAUAACAAUGAUGAUGGCAACCGGGUUAAGGUUACAAACUGCAGAUUUCAGAAUGAACGAGGUUGAAGUUCUUCGAACGAAUACAUUUACAAACUGCACCGAGUUAAUGGAAAUUGUGCUGAACUGGAACAAGAUAACCAAAAUUGAACCAGAGGGUCUGGCUGUAACUGAGUUCACAAAAAUAAGAUUGAACGACAACCGAGUAACAGAGCUAAGUCUAGCUAUGUUUGGUGGUAGACGCUACACAACAUUAGGCAUCAUGAGGAAUCGUUUGACACGGAUAGAGAGCUACACAUUAGGAGGUUUUACGAAUACAAUACGGCUCGAAGGCAACAAUUUACAGGAACUUCCAGAUGACCUAUUUACAUAUAAGACAGAUUCUGAACGGCGUGUUCAUGACAUUUACCUCUCUAGCAACCCUAUUCGAAAGAUCUCUCCAUUACUGUUCAGAGGUGUAUAUUUGGCCAGAGCUUUAUCUUUUUCUGGAGACAAGCUGAUUGAUGAGAGACUACCAAAGGAUUUGUUGGUCAACAUGACGGUGGUGUACUUGAUUGAUUUAUCGGUGAAUGAGCUGUCAAGAUUUCCCGGUGAACUUUUACGAACACAGGACAAACUUGAACUACUCUACCUGCAAAAUAAUCGCAUCACCGCUUUGGACGAAACCAUGUUCAAAGGACUUCACUCUCUACAGUCUCUAUUCAUUUAUCAAAAUCCGAUAAUGCAAAUGGCAGACUUUCAGUUUUAUGAGACAAGCCUCAGUUACCUAAUUAUGUUCCAGGGUAAUUUAUCAAAUGUUGGCACCAGACCAUUCGCUACGAACGGUGGCACCAUCAAGCAAAUAUUGAUGCACGGAAAUCCGAUUACCACAAUUAAGGAUACCAUCUGGCCAGACUUGGGACCGGACUGUUACGUAUCCAUUGAUAACAGCCUCCGGCAAAUGCCGCACUUGAAUAGGACAGACCUCAAUGUUGAGUUGGUCGGUGAUGACUUCAAUCGUCCAUUCGACAUGAAGUUUUUAAAGUAUGAUGAUGCGUUGGCCUCAUCGGGUCUAGUGUGUCGCCAACAGCCCUCUUUUUUUGACUGGCAAUGCACGCCUUGUCCACAGGGCACAUAUGGACAAGACGCUAAAUGCGUUCCGUGUCCUCCCGGCGGGUUCUACCAAAAUAAAACUGCUCAGUCUUCGAUUAACAAGAAGAUGAACUGUAAAGAAUGCAAUAAAGGAACGUACGUCUCACCCGAAGCUUCACCUGGCACGAGAGGUACUGAUUGUAAGGUGUGUCCAACAGGAACAGAUAAAAGUACCACUGCAGGGUUCCGAGCUUGUCCGUGUGUGGACAACUAUUACCGCACUGACCGGUUUGGCGAAUGUCAUCAGUGUCCCCACGAAGGGCUCAACUGCUCCGGGGAAUAUCAACAUCUUCUUCCGGGCUACUGGUGGACGUGGAACUGGACCUCACAAGAAGAACGGAUCUCGCAGGAAAACCACGAUUCCUAUAUGAAAUUUGUUAAAAAUAUCUGCAUUAUGAAUGACUCAUAUGACAGAAGCGCGCAGAGAUUUGGCGGUAAAUUACCCCAGGUACACAAAUGUUCCCGCGACGACGUGUGUCCAAAUGGUGGAAUUGGUAUCGACUCAACUUGCAGUGAAGGCUACAAGGGCUGGCUCUGUUCCGAAUGUGCAAAUAAGUAUUACUCGUGGCUUGGUCAUUGUUUGAAUUGCCCAGAUUGGCCGUUGUUUGUUGUCGAAGUGUUCUGCAUCUUUGUUGUUGUCUGCAUCAUAGUUGGUUUCUUUGUGUGGGAUGCAUUUAGAAGGCAUCGUCGGAAUGAACGAAAUAUUGUGAGCAUCUUCUUAGCACGCGGGAAAAUCGUGGUUGGUUUUUGCCAAGUCAUGGGGGAAAUAUUCUCUGCAUUAGACGACAUUCCCUGGCCAAAGAAUUUGCAGACAUUGGGCUCAGUCUUUAAGACAAUGGAGGUCAGCUUAGUUGGUUGGUUGAUUAGUCCUCGAUGCUUUAUUCCGGAUUUCACCUACCCCAAUAUUUACAUUGAAUUCUUGGUCGGUUUCGGGUUCAUCAUAGCAGUUGUUCUUGUUGCUUGUUGUUACUGUGGAUUCAGAAGAAGCUACAUAAGAAACGCGCGAGGGUUGCCUGCGCACUGCAGAAAUGAUCUCAGCAAAAGUAAACGAAGAUGUUUCUUGAUCGUUGUAAUUUUGCUCUUUCUGUCGUACCCAAGUGUUUGCAGUGUUAUAAUUAGCCUGUUGCCGACUGGGUGUAAGCUGUUUUACAUGGAUGAGGAUAAAGAACUGAACAUCACCUUGCUGAGGUAUGAUUACGCAAUAGACUGUGAGAGCCCAGAACACUCUGCUUACAACUAUGCCGCCCAGACAGCUAUGGUAUACGUUGUUGGUUUCCCGCUCGCAUUGUUCAUACUUCUGUGGUAUAGCAAAAGAAUGGUCAACAAUGGAAAAGAUGAAGCAUCUGUUUCGAGUCAGGGUUCAGAUGAAGUGUUACCCAGUCCCUUCAAUGAUGGGAUAGAGGAUACCGAAGCACCUGUUUCGAGUCAGAAUUCAGAUCAAGUGUUACCCAGUACCUCCAAUGAUGGGAUAGAGGAUACAGAAGCACAUGUUUCGAGUCAGAGUUCCGCUCAAGUGUUGCUCGAUCCCACCCAGAAUAUGACAGAUGAUACUGAUGACCUUGCCACAGAGUCAGAAGGGACUGACACUGACACCGUGGAGCCAGAUACCAAAAUCAGCUGGGAGAGUUUUCUGUGUGAAAACUACAAAGCUGAGUUCUGGUACUGGGAGAUCAUUGAACUUACCCGUAAGAUCCUGCAGACGCUCUUCAUACUGCUGUUCGGACCCGAGGACCACUUCACACUCUUUGUGUCUGUCUUCUUGUCGGUCUUCUUCCUGCUCAUCCACGCCUACCUGAAACCAAUGAAGGAUGCCGCGGAGCAGCGGCUUCAGAUGUGCUCGCUUGGUAUCAUCUUCAUAAACAUGCUGGCGGCGUCCUUGCUCCUCAUGCCAAAUGACACUGGGCCAAUUGUAGAUGAUAAACAAGGAGUUCUUGCGACUGCGUUGGUUCUUCUGAAUCUCAGCAUUAUUGUUUUCGUUGCAAUAAGCUCCGUCUGGACUGGCAUCAAGGUUCUUUCGAGACAUGGAUGCUUUGCUUGUAUAAGAGAUUCGUUGGUGCAGAUGUGUAGAUGUUGCCGAAGACGAUACAGGUGGGAGCAAGAUGGCCAGGGGAAUCUGGACAACGGACACCCAUCACUUUUAGUGAAUUAUGACGGGAUGAGCAGACCACUAUAGACCAAGACGCCACAUCAGUGGUUCUAGUGACUAAGUAACUGAUACUGGCCUGACAGUUUAGUUAGAAGCUUACAGGAAUAUAAUUUCAACUCUCCGUAUGGCUCAACUCUCCUGCAUCUCCCCUAUUCCCAAGUCCUUUAAACCCAAAUCAUUUAAUACAAUGUGGCUCAUAAGAAG